AUGGAGAGGAAUGGUGUAAGGCUUGGGGCUGUAAUGGUUACUCUGGUGGUGUUCAUGCUAGCACAGAAUGUCACAGCAGAGCCAGUGAAAGGGAUAUAUACCUGUUGGGGAGGAUGCUACAAUCAGUGUGUUCUCCAAACUAAGACUCCAUCACAGCGGUGGCCAUGUUACAGCAAGUGCUUGAGCAACUGCAUUCCUCGCUCUCCCUCGGAUUAUCGAUGGAGCAAGACUGGAAAGGUGCUUUGGCAAUUGUGCCAAUAUUUGCAAGCCUUAAAAGGCUCUUAA